UGGAUUCCGGGAUGGCCGCGGGAUCUGGGGCGUGCGGGAUCUGGCGGCUUGGGCUUUUCCGCCGCGCCGGGAGAGAACGGCUCGGGUGGUCCCGCGUGUCUUGGCCGUGCCCGCGCACGUUCGCUAGGCUCCAUGAGGCCCCGCUCCGGGCCGUGCCUCGGGGAAUCGCUCCUACUGCGCGGCUGAAGCCGCGUGUGGUGUCUGCCCAGAGUGCGUGUAAGCACUGUUUGGUUAUCGUCCCUCAUUGUCUAGGACUAAAGAGUAUUCCUGUGUCUUUCUCUUUUUAAUGGUCUGCAUGAAAGUGCCAUUGAGAGUGGAAUUCCCUAAUCCAUUGAGCAGGGAUCCAGGGACUAAAGACAAUUUAUUUGAAGAGGAGGAAGGUAACUAGGGCAGAGAUUGUAAUUUAGAAGUAUGUGGUACUGUACCUUUCGUAUUAGUUUUAGCUAUCGUACGCCUUGGUAAAUAGCUUUUUUAAAUUUUAUUUUUGCCUCAUACCACGUAGUUCACAGAAACUAUCUUAAUGUACUUCUGUUGUGGGAAGGAAAAACGUCUGCUGGUGAUUUCCUUCCCAAGUAGCUGAUGCAAUUCUAGGAGAUGAGAGCUGUGGAUAACUUUCCUGGUUUAUAUCCCGCAGUCUUUGAGGGCAGGACAGAAGUGCAUUAAAAUAAUUUUGUGUGCGGUUUAGUGCAGUAUCUUUGUGGUCAUUGAAUGGAAACUUGUCUUAGUUUACACUUCCAAGUUUACAUCUUGGUUCUCAUUCCUAUUGAUCUGCAGGAUACUGGGAAGGGGGUAGGAUGGAGAAGUGCCAGCUGAUAACUGUGUAGGAAAAGCAAGCCAGUUGUGGGUUGUGAAUUUGCUAUGCAGAGCUCUGGUCUUCAUCCGGAAUAUCUGUAGAACAUUUGCAAGCAAGAAUUUUGGAGAAACAAAACACUGCUUUGGUCUCUGGGGCAUUUAAGUUAUUCACGCUAAAUUUGCAUGAAAUUCGGCCUGAGUACUACCAGUUUCGAUUUUGUGUGCACUACAUUUUAUUUGUAGGGUAUCAAUUCUGUGUUUGAGACUGUAAUUACCUUGCAAAGUCAGAUGUAUUUACUGUUGAGUAUUACAGUACACUUAGGUGCUAGCUCUAUCAUUUUUUUUUACCAGUCUGGUUCCUACAGUUCGUUUUACUUUUGCAACAGCCGUCCUAAAUCUUUAAGCAAGAUUAAAGAUCUUAUGGCCUGAAGCCAUACUCGAGAAUCUUAGGAAUAGAGGGAGGUGGAGAGCUUGGAAACAUAGCAAUAUAUUUUUCUGUGGUACUGGGCUAAGGUAGUGUGGACAAGUUAUAUAUGUUUUUGAUUUCUGAAGGUCACCUCUCAUCCCUCCCUCUGUAUUUUUCUGAAACAAGUCUCUAUCCUCAGCAGCCACUACAAAAGAUACACAACCAGCUAAAAUGUAGGAAGGGGCAUUAAAAGUACCAAAGCUUUUGCUUCUAGACAGAAUUAAAGUGCAAUUAUAUGAGGUAAACAUGCUGUAAACCGUGUUUUUUGAUUGACAAGUAAUGUCGUUCUGAUCUGUGAUAAGUUGCUGUGCAUGGACACAUCAGUGUGUUUUAGCUGAAGAAUCCAUCAUUACUUGUUCACAAUAACAGAAAUCAGGGCCAUUGUAAUACAUUUGGGUCUCUGAAUUACAAAAUCUAUAUUGAAACUGGAAACUACUUUUUAGUUUUGGUUAAAUUACUGGUAUGUUUUAGUGGUUGGACCUUCUUUGGCAGUAUUAGUUGUUUAAACUGUUUUCUGCAGUUUAGGAACUAGUAUGAUGGAAUCCUGUGUUGUUUUACAGAAUUUAAUUAUUAAAUGCUUCUUCCAAAGUUGUUUGAAGAAAUGGAACCUUUUAUAUUCUUCUGUUGUUUAUAAAGAACAGAACAGAGAUUUGUCAUGAUUAAGCAUUGACUGUUGUCUGAACUUUCUACAUGGCAUAGAAACUAGUAAUAAGGGUUAAGAAUGAGUUGUGUAAAAGUCAGAUUUAUGAGAAGCACAAUUCUUGCAUGAAUAAUAAAACUAGCUUAGGUUAUGAAAACCUAAGAAUCUGUUUGUGAGAGCAGACAGAUGAGAGCCUUUUGGGAACUAGUCUUAGGGUUAGUUGCCUAAGUGAUCUAGCAGUCUUCCUAUGAAAGGAGUUCCCUCAGUACUUUGAGGCCUUUAGAAACUGGCAUCAUAGACUUAAGCAAAAGGCAAGCAGCAUGGAGUAAUUAAUGUAGUUAGUUGUUCAGUGCUUGCUGUUUGCUUCCUGAAAUGGGUAUACUGGUCUUUCACAGCAGUUGUGUUUUGAUUUCUCUAUUUCUCCACUAUUUUGGCAAUACAUGUUAACACUACUUGUGUUAUGGUGAGCAGCCCUGACUCAAAAUGCAGAGUUGAAAUGGUGAGGCCUUAAUAAUACUUUGGGCAGUGAUUAAAGAUCAAGGGUUUUUUAUGUAGCUGAGGUUGAAUCAUGCUAUUUAUAAUGUUUCUUGGGAAGAAGGAAGAAGUGGAAUAGAAUUUUAGACUUGACAAUGUCAGUCAGGUUUAUAAUAUUUUCAACCCUUACAGGAGAAAAAUCCCACCCCGUGUGAACAUGUCAAAAGGCAUGAGUAUGUAUGGACACUUUUAACUUAAAAGUUCUGUAACCAUCCUAGUUAAGAGGCUUUGGAGUGGGAGAAGAAAGCUGUCUUUUUGUAUGGUAAACAUUACCAAAUGAGGAGAAAAGGAAGAUGCCAUCGAGUAUCGGCAGCAAGGCAUUCUUCUUCCCGUGCAGUAUUAAGCACUCCCCGACACGAGAAACCUUGACAUACGCUCAAGCUCAAAGGAUGGUUGAAAUAGAAAUUGAAGGUCGCCUGCAUAGGAUCAGUAUCUUUGAUCCUUUAGAAAUUAUAUUAGAAGAUGAUCUUACUGCCCAGGAAAUGAGUGAAUGCAACAGCAAUAAAGAAAAUAGUGAAAGACCACCAGUUUGUCUAAGAAGCAAACGCCAUAAAAAUAACAAAGUGAAAAAGAAAAAUGAAGCUCUUCCAAGCUCACAUGGUAUACCUGCUACAACAGCUCCUCUUCCAGAACCAAAAGUACGGAUUGUUGAAUACAGCCCCCCUUCAGCUCCUCGGAGACCUCCAAUUUAUUACAAAUUCAUUGAGAAGUCAGCAGAAGAGCUUGAUAACGAAGUUGAGUAUGACAUGGAUGAAGAAGAUUAUGCAUGGUUAGAAUUGAUCAAUGAUAAGCGGAAAAGCGAUGGAGUGUCAGUUGUUUCCCAAAAUAUGUUUGAAUUCCUUAUGGAUAGGUUUGAAAAAGAGUCUUAUUGUGAGAACCAAAAACAGGGUGAUCAUCAGUCUUUAAUUGAUGAAGAUGCAGUGUGUUGUAUAUGCAUGGAUGGUGAAUGUCAGAACAGCAAUGUGAUCCUGUUUUGUGAUAUGUGUAAUUUAGCAGUACAUCAGGAAUGCUAUGGGGUGCCAUAUAUACCUGAGGGCCAGUGGCUCUGCAGACACUGUUUGCAGUCCCGCUCUCGGCCUGUAGACUGUGUGCUGUGCCCAAACAAGGGAGGUGCCUUUAAAAAGACAGAUGAUGAUCGUUGGGGACACGUGGUGUGUGCUCUGUGGAUUCCAGAAGUUGGAUUUGCCAAUACGGUUUUUAUUGAGCCAAUUGAUGGUGUCAGGAACAUUCCCCCAGCCAGAUGGAAGUUAACAUGCUACCUCUGUAAACAGAAAGGUGUUGGUGCCUGCAUCCAGUGCCACAAAGCAAACUGCUAUACUGCAUUCCAUGUGACGUGUGCUCAAAAGGCUGGUCUGUAUAUGAAAAUGGAACCUGUGAAAGAACUAACUGGCAGUGGAACAACGUUCUCUGUGAAAAAGACUGCCUAUUGUGAUGUACAUACUCCACCAGGUUGCACACGGAGACCGCUCAAUAUUUAUGGAGAAGCUGAAAUCAAAAACGGUGUUUGUAGAAAGGAGGGAUCAGUCAGAACUGCUAGGUCUACAUCAAAAAUCAGGAAAAAGACAAAAAAAGCCAAGAAAACAGUGGUUGAACCCUGUACAGUUAUGCCAACAGUAUCUGCUCCUUAUAUUCCCCCCCAGAGAUUAAAUAAGAUUAUGAAUCAGGUGGCCAUUCAGCGAAAGAAGCAUUUUGUUGAACGAGUGCACAGUUACUGGUUGCUUAAAAGACUGUCUAGGAAUGGUGUUCCACUCUUGAGAAGGCUGCAAUCCAGUUUACAGUCACAAAGAAACACACAACAGAGAGAAGAUGAUGAAGAAAUGCAAGCCUUAAAAGAAAAAUUGAAGUACUGGCAAAGGCUGCGCCAUGAUCUUGAAAGAGCACGUUUAUUGAUAGAACUUAUACGUAAGCGUGAAAAAUUAAAAAGAGAACAGGUCAAGCUUGAGCAGGUUACUAUGGAGCUUCAGCUUAUUCCAUUCACUGUACUUCUGCGAUCAGUUCUGGAUCAGCUGCAGGAAAAGGAUUCUGCUCGUAUAUUUGCUCAGCCAGUGAACCUUAAAGAGGUUCCAGACUAUUUGGAUCAUAUUAAACAUCCUAUGGAUUUCUCUACCAUGCGGAAACGGUUAGAAGCUCAAGGCUAUAGAAACCUCACCGAGUUUGAAGAAGACUUCAAUCUGAUCAUAGAUAACUGUAUGAAAUACAAUGCAAAAGAUACAAUAUUUUAUAGAGCUGCAGUGCGGUUAAGAGAUCAAGGAGGUGUAGUUCUCAGGCAAGCCAGGCGAGAUGCUGAAGGAAUUGGUUAUAACAAUGAAACUGGAAUGCACUUACCAGAACGGCCUAAACUUGAGUCACCCCAGCCUUUCUCUUGGGAAGAUGUGGAUAGAUUACUGAAUCCUGCAAACAGAGCACAUAUGUCCUUGGAGGAACAGCUGAGAGAGCUGCUAGAAAAACUUGAUCUCACCUGUGCAAUGAAAUCCAGUGGGUCAAGGAGCAAAAGAGCAAAGCUGUUAAAGAAAGAAAUCAGCAUUAUUCGCAACAAACUCAGUCAGCAACACAACCAAGCUCCUCAAAUAGAGUCAGGUAUUGGAAGUUUCGAGGAAGAAAGUGCAGCAUUAGAACAAGAUGGAGAAGAAGAAGGAGAUAAAUCUCCCCCUAAACUUGAACCAUCAGAUGCAUUACCUCUUCCUUCAAACUUGGAGACUAAUUCAGAACCACCAACCCUCAAACCAGUAGAACUCAAUCCAGAGCAGAGUAAGCUUUACAAAAGAGUAAAAUUUGAUAAUGAAUUAUAUAGCACUUCCAUUCAGAAAGAAAUAAAUGGACACACUCCAGAACACUUACUUGACAGUAAUCUCAAUGAGUCGACUGUUUCUGCUGUAGCUGAGUCAUCAACUGAUGUAAACAGACGUACAUCCAUUCUCUUCUGCAAAUCGAAAAGUAUAAGCCCCCAAAAGUCUGCAAAGAACACUGAAACCCAGCCAACUUCUCCACAGCUAGGGACCAAAACCUUUUUGUCUGUAGUCCUUCCAAGGUUGGAGACAUUUCUGCACCCAAGGAAAAGAUCAAGGAGUGCAUGUGGAGAUUCUGAGGUUGAUGAUGAGUCCCCUGUAAAGCGCUUGGAUACAGGUCUAUCAAAUGGUUUUGGAGAUGAAAGUAAAGAGAGAGCAUUAGACGAUACUCCAGGAAGAAAAGUUGAACCUCGUCGCCGCUGUGCAUCAGAAUCUAGUAUUUCAUCUAGUAACAGUCUCUUGUGUAACUCAAGUUUUAGUCUCCCGAAGUGUGGUAAAGGUAAACCUGCCCUGAUACGGAGACACACACUGGAAGAUCGAAGUGAACUGAUAUCAUGCAUUGAAAAUGGAAAUUAUGCCAAAGCAGCAAGAAUUGCAGCUGAAGUUGGGCAUAGCAGUAUGUGGAUUUCAACUGAUGCUGCAACAUCUGUUCUUGAGCCUCUGAAAGUAGUAUGGGCCAAAUGCAGUGGAUAUCCUUCUUACCCAGCUCUGAUUAUUGACCCUAAGAUGCCUCGUGUUGCUGGCCAUCACAACGGUGUUACUAUACCAGUGCCACCUCUAGAUGUACUGAAAAUUGGAGAACAAAUGCAGACCAAAUCAGAUGAGAAACUAUUCUUAGUACUAUUUUUUGACAACAAAAGAAGUUGGCAGUGGCUUCCCAAAUCCAAAAUGGUUCCCCUUGGGAUAGAUGAGACCAUAGACAAGUUAAAAAUGAUGGAAGGACGUAACUCGAGCAUACGAAAAGCAGUAAGAAUUGCUUUUGAUCGUGCUAUGAAUCACCUGAGUCGAGUCCAUGGAGAACCAGUCAGUGACUUCAGUGAUAUUGACUAACAGAGAUUCUCUAGCAAGGCAUGAAAAAUACCACAGAGACUUGAACUCUACUAAUGAACCUCUUUGUCUAAAAGAAUGUAUUGAAGAUACAACCCCUUAAUUGUUGAUUCAGUGGCUGAGUUCUGCAAACUUGAAAUAGUUGAGCAAUUCUUCUAAAUCACCAUUGCCAUAUUGAUAAUUAUUUUAUUGUGUUGUAGAUUGGAGGAUUUUCCACUAAACCUGUUAAAAUGUCUUGUUCAUAGUGUUCAUAAUUGUACAUAAAUGUAUAUUCAACACUUAACUUAUUCUGAUUUUAGAAGUAGCUCCUUAAUUCCUUUUAUAAUUUUGUUGGGGAGGGAAUUUAUUUUUUGUUUUUUCCAUGCUUUUUACUUUUUUUUUUCUUUCUUUCUGAGGUUAAGUUACCUAAGCACCAUCUUCCAGCUUGAGGUGUUUAGUUGAUCUUAAAGCCUAAUAUCAAAAUGGCAUCAAAUAUAUGUUUGCCUAAAUCAUAUACAGUAUGGUGCUGCUUGUAUCAUUUCUUCCUUGGUCUGUAGCUUCUGAAAAAGACUUCUGAAUGUUUGUGUAAAUUGUUGCUCUUUGCACAAAGUACCACAUAUUUAAGGUUGAUGUAAAUUUACAAUUACAAAUAUGUAUUUUCAGAAAGGAAGUUGCAUUAUUUUGGAGGGUACUUUGUGGGAAAGACAUCAGUAAAAAUUAUACUAUGUACAUCACUUGCAAAUCACCAAAAACACUCCAUUGUUGCCCAAAAUGACUCAAGGUUCUUACUGUUUUAAACAAACCUGGCUUAAAGCCUGCAAGCACAUUAUUUCUUUCAAAACCAUAUCCCAUUUAUCUCCCAUUGGUUAAAUUUUGUUGAUUUGUGUGCCUCCCUGUGUUUUAUUUAUUGUAGAAAAUGUAUUAAUUUGCUUUAUAAUGAAAAAUAAAAUUGACAAAUAUAUUGAUAUGCAUUUUUAUACAGGCACAUGAGAAGACAACUUGCGUUGGGAGAAAAAUGUAUUGGAAAUUGUAUAAAAUAACUCGAUGGUUUGUGUGUAAUUCGGUUUUUUGGUAACUUGUAAUCUUUUGUUUCCAAUGAGGGGAUUUAUGUAACUUUUAAUUUAGAACACUUUGGUAGCAAUAGAAACUUUGGAUACAUUUUUGUAUGGUACAUGUGAUGUAUAUAGAAUUAGUACUUUAUUUUUAUUUUUAAGAAGUAAAGCAUUAUGUUUGGGCAGGGGGAAGAAGGAGGGUGGGUUUCCAGAACUGCAUUUUUAUAUUAAAAAGAAAGAAAAAUAAAGUCAAGAUAUUGAUUGUUGUAGCUACUUUAUUCCUACCUUCACUGAGAUACUGAAUUUGUAACAAUGAAAAUGGCAAGGUAUGUUUGCAAUGUGAUUUAUAAUGGCUCCAUUAUUUAUAAAUGCACUGUGUUUGAACUCUUUUGCAGUGAUAUCGUAAAUACUGUACCAAGUUAUAUUAUAUGAAACACCAAAUAAUGCAUAUGAAUGCACGAAGUAUUUAUGCCCAGCUUUUUUAUAAAGGAUUAGCAAAUACAGCAAAACCAAUACUUUUUAAAUCUUUUUUUUAAAACUUCAUUGAAUAGCAUACUUCAUUGUUAAACCUGCUUGAAUCUUUAUUUUAAAGGGACAAUUACUUUUUAAAUAGUUUUUAAUGUUUUUAUUCUCUAUUGUUUGUAAUACCCCCGUAGAAGCUUGAAAUAAAAUUUCUUUCUCAACUGUAAAUUUUGUCCUGAAUUUAGCCCCUGAGAUUUUGCUGCAGUGCCCAUUUUCUUACUCCAUGACUGAGCUGUUCCAGAGGCACUGGGCCAAGAAGCUGAAUGUUCUCCUGUGGCACCCAGCAUUGUCCUUACUGAGCCCCUUGCAUAGGAGGUAUUCCACUUAGCUGAGACCGGUUGCCUGUGAUGGACCGUGGUAAUUAGGGAUGAUGAGUUGGAUAAACUUCACAAAUGAUCAAGCAAAUAGUUUUCUCAGGCUUGACAGCAGACACAGCUUUAGGGAGAGCAGUGAUGGCAGGUACCCUGGAAGGACCAUCACUGAGUUGUGCUGCUCUGAUGGCCACAACAGCCACAUCAGUUAGAAAAAUUAAAAUCUGGUGGUUUGCAUUUAAUAUAAUGACUUCAAGGAUCUGACAUAUAAUCAUGCUUUUCUUUAAAGGGAAUGGAGCCUAAUUUGGGCAGUGUUGAGACAGUAGAACCACUUGUCAUCAUUAGGACUCUGUUAAAGGUAUUAAAAUAAUACACUGCAGCAGAUUUUAUUUCAGACUGGUUCCACAAAAUGUAAAACUAGAUAAUGAUUCACAACCCCAUUUGGAUGCACAGAGAAAUGGGCCUUUUUUCUGUCUUGGACCCUGGAAAGCUGAAAUGCAGUUACAACAGAAUUUGGAAGAUGACAGUACUUGUAUGAUGAGGAUGCUGAUACCUGUGACAUAUGAAGGGCCAUAAAAAAGAAAGCAUAGAGUUGCAAAAUGAUUCUUCAAAAGGCUUCGUACAUUCUCAGUUGCCUCGCACACGAGCAACAUUGCAGGGAGGAUAAAAGCUUAUCCUUUGCAAAAAAGAACAUUAAUUAUUUUUGAACUUUUUUUUUUAAUCACAUCGUCAGAAAAAGCUCUAGUUUUGAAUUUUGCUCAGACUUCUGAGUCUUAUUUUAUGACUUCUGUUCAGAAAUUGUUUCAUCAGUUCCUGGAGAAGGAAAAUGUGCUGCCUUCAUCUUACAGGGGACUGUAUGCACUUAUGAGAAUUAUCAGCUGGAAAACUUUACUGAUUAAAAUAAGCUUGUUCUGCAUCUUCUUCUGAUGAAACUGACAUGAAAGGCUCGUUUAUUUUUGUUCUGGUUACCCGUUGGAAGCUGUCCCAGAAAUUCUUCCCAGACCCUGUUGAGAUUGCUGCAGUGUCAGUUGCUGUUCCCAUACUCUCUUGUGAUGAAGUCCUGUAUCAUCCAGUGGCUCUUGAGAUUGGGUUAAAGUUUAAAAUAAUUACUCAGAAAUAAAUAAACAAAAUAGAGUGGAAAUAGUAUUCUAAUGGAAAGUAAAACUGGAACACCACAUUCUGGCUUGCCAGCUUCUUGGGGAGUGUUGCAGUUGUAAGUACAGGGUGUAAGUUUGUGCAUUCACUGCUCAGUUCUGGUGUGAUCAUUUCCUGUUAAUAGAAGUGUGAGACCUACAUCAUCAGUUGAAACGAUGUGCAAAUGUCUUUUAUUGUAUCAAAAUAUGAGCGAUAAUUGUAUAAAUAUUUAGGGGGAAAAUGUGACUAGGGAAUAAUGUUUUUUUAAAAAAGUUUGUUACCAAUCUCAGUGAUUUUUUGGGGAAUGUUUGUUGUGAUUUUCUGUCUUUUACACUAGAGGGAGCAAUGCACACAGACCAUCAACAUUACAAAAUAAGUAUUCAGUUUUUCCUUUUCAAAAUGCUGCUAUUAAAACUUACUGCUUGUAAACAGUAAGUCUUCUUAGCUUUUCUAGUGUUUCUAGUCCAUCAAAAGUAGCUUUCUAUGUCCGUGCUGCAAGUGGGCUGAUUCAGGAAUGCUUAAUUUUAACUAGAGCUAGUAUAAAGGACGAAUAGCUCUGGAUUUUCUGGCUCUCAUGUCUU